AUGUCCGGAUUCCAAGUCCAGAGUAAAGCAUGCUGUACUCGACCACCCGUCACGCUUUCCGGGGGCUAUGAUUAUACUCUCCAAGGGAAAUAUGUCGAUAUAAACGGUCUAAAAACAUAUGUGACCGGCAAUCCAAAGGCAACUAGGGGUAUUCUUCUAGUAUAUGAUGUUUUUGGCCUCUACAUCCAAACCUUACGGGGCGCUGACAUUCUUGCCUCGGGGUACGAUCCAGUUCCUGAUGGCGUUGGCGACUUCCAAGUUUUCAUGCCAGACUUUUUCGGGGACAAUCCCCAAGACAUGGCCAAUUUCCCUCCAAAAACACCGAAGCAAUAUGCAGCUAUCACGAAGUUCAUGACCGGUCCAGCGAAUCCUCCUGAUUCUGUAAAGUUGAUCGGACCUCUGAUGGAGACAAUAUGUAAGGACCAUCCAGAGAUCGAAAGCUGGGCCACUCUGGGCAUGUGCUGGGGAGGAAAAGUGUGUACCUUGGUCUCCGGGAAAGGGACUAUAUUCAAGGCUUCUGGACAGUUUCAUCCGUCCCUGAUGGCACUGGAUGAUGCCAUAAAAGUUACUAUUCCACACUGUGUACUGCCAAGUAUGGAUGAGGAUGUAAAAUUCAUGGAUGAAUGGAUCGAGAAAUUGAAAGUGGCCUCCCCGAAAAGCUAUGCCGAGUAUUUCGAUGACCAGGUGCAUGGUUGGACGUCUUCCCGGGCUGACUUCAACAAUCUCCAUAAUUUCGAGGAGUACUUACGAGCUUACAGAAUUGUUCGUUCCUUUUUUGCGAGUCACCUUUGA